UGAAUAGCGAGUUCUUCCUUCCGUAAUACGCUGCGUUUUAGGCAUUCUUUCUGUAUUCCGAAAUGCCAUCUUCUCCGAGGUCGUCAUUUUCGAAAUUCACAGAGAAGGCACACGCUCUUGCUAACAACAGCCGAAUACACUGCGAGCACCUUUAAAUCCUUCUAAUGGCGUAUGAAAUUCCACACGAUCUGAUCAAACAACUUCAGAUCUCACUUCGAAAUGCUGCCAAUAUCUCCUCCUACGACCCACACGAUCCUUCGCUUCCGAAUCUACCAUCGCUCGAUGAAACAAUUGCAGACCUCGAUCCCUCGCCGCCUUAUCUUCGCUGCAAACAUUGCAAAGGAAGAUUGCUUAGAGACUUGAAAUCAUUUAUUUGCGUCUUCUGCGGCAGGGAACAGAACACGGACGUCCCUCCGGACCCUAUUAAUUUUAAGAAUACCAUCGCUUGUCGAUGGUUGCUCGAGUCCUUGGACUUGGAUGGAUCGGAGAUGGUGGGGCCGAUCGAUUCAAAGGAAUUGAACCGGGGAAAAUCACCAGAGCAGUUUCCACUGACGGAUCUUUUAGAUUUAGAGAUCAAGUGGCCUGAAUCUGAAAAAAAGGGGCUUGCAGACGAGAUCCCAGCUCCAAGUAAAAAAAGUACCUUGAAUUUGGUUGGAGUUGAUCUUGACUACUACUUUUCUGAGGAAAAAAAAGACAAUACUUCAAAAGUAUCUGAUGAGCCAAUACCACUGAAUAAACAAAUAGAUGGUUCUGAAAGUUUUUUUGGAGAUGUUCAAGCUUUUGGGACAGCGACAACGAUAGCUAAACAGGAGAGUGGCGAUUCCUCUUCUGGUUGGGAGGCAAAGUUUCAGUCUGCUAGUGCCGCAACUCGUGAUAAUUCUAAAUCAAUUGAUCCUUUUGCUGCUUCCUCUUUGGAAACAACAUUUGGACGCCAAAAAAAUUCCAGAAGUGGAGCAAUAGAAGAUACUAAAAACUCCUCUUCAUCAGUAACCAAUGACUGGUUUCAACAACAGGAUGAUUUAUGGAGUAGUUCCAAUCAUGAAUCCAUUCGUAUGCCUGGACAGGUCGAGCAAACUGGAAUUUCAACUGAUGGUAGAACUGUAGGAACUGCAGAUUUUUCUUCAUCAGCAAGUGGUGAUUGGUUUCAAGAUGAUCAGCGGCGAGGAGGGAGCAAAAAGAAACCUGAUGAUAAAAGUGUUUCUAAAGAUGAUGACUCAGCUGAUGCCUGGGAUGAUUUUACUAGCUCGACCACGAAGCCAAAGGUGGAUGAGAUAUCAGAAAUAGAUUUCUUCAGCUCAACGACCUCAAGGGAUAGUAAUCUUAGAAACUCUUCUCAGCCAAAUUCAUUUGCAGAAGCAUUCCCUCCAGAUGGUACAGUAGAAGAAAAAGCAACACGGCCAGAUGCUUCUGAUUUAAGCAGGAUUGGUGAAGAGAACGAAAAAACUGGAGAAAAUUCUGAAGGUUCAAAUUCUGAUGAUGUACAGAAGAUGAUGGGAAAGAUGCACGAUCUUUCUUUUAUGCUCGAUAGCCAUCUUGCAGUCCCCCCAAAGUGAUGCAUCUUUAGUUUUUUUUCUGAAGAAGAGCACACGCUGCCACUGAGCUUUUCCUGUAAUUUUCUUCCCUUUUUCUUUUUUAAAUCUGUAGCAGCGUAGUGUAGUUAUUACUGAAAAUGCAUUCUUUGAUUUUAUAAAAUGGCCAUAUGCUGUUGAUGUC